AUAUUUUUCUCAAUUUAAUUUUUACCUUCAGUGUCCACUUAAUACAUAUUUAUCUGAAUCUCCCCCAUGUGCCAGGCACUAGUCUAAUCAUCGAGGAUGAAAUAGAUACAGUCCCUGCCUUAAGGAUCUCACAGCCUAACAGAGGGAAGCUGGUGGAUAAACAGUGAUUGCAAGAAAGUUUUCACAUCCUCCACCAGAAGUACAAAUAGGCUAUAGUGGAUGCACUAAAAGAUGUGAGUGACCCAUUCGACAUGUAGGGGCCAGGAAAAGGCUUCAGAGAUGAUUCUUAACUAAGAACAAAAAGCUUUACUAGAGUGACAAGGGACAAAGUACAAAAAGGCAUUCCAGAUAGAGGAACACCUAAAGAUAGGGCCAGAGAGCUGGUUAGUGGAUUUGGGUUUGGCUUUGUAGUCUGGUUUGUCUGAGGAGUAAAAUGUCAGGACAAUUCAGUGGAAGAAGGGCCUGGAGAGACCUCAGAAGUUACAUAAUUUAAAAAAUUAUACAUAACUUAAUUUUUUUCAAUGAAGUCUAAUUGAGUAAGCUUUCCUUUUCUGAUCUUACAUAAUGUUUAAAAUCCUUCCUAGCCCCAGAGAUUUGAUGUUUACCUUCAUUUUCUUCUAGUUUCUGUUUACAUUUAAUCCAUCAGGAGUUGACUUUGGCAUAAAAUGGUAAACCUCAUUUGGAUCUUAUUUUUUCUGUUUUAAAGUUUAUAUGGUUCACUAAACUUUCUGUAGCCUUAUUUUGCUAAUGGCUAAAAAUGGCGGUGCUAAAUAUCUAAUAAAGAGUAUCUAUGCCCAGGUGGGAACACGCUAAGGAAAACAAGAGAAAUUUCACAGGGGUUUGCUAUUUUAAUACUUAAAUACCAAAACGGAGGUGUGCCAAACACUACGGGUGCAGACAUGUAGCCUUUUUAGGAUCCUGGCUCUCAGAAUACUACUACUGCUUUGUAUUCAUAGACUGGAAACUUUUGAGGACUCAACCGUGUUUCCACAAACAGUCAUUUAUUUACGUGAUAACAGAGGAGGAGGAAUAUAUAAUUGCCAGCUUCAUUUGUUUAAUACUACCAGAAAUCAGGUGGAGUCAGGUUUCCUCCCCUGAUGCUGGCUGGAGAUUGGGUGGGGUUGGCAUCUCUGUGCUGGACAGGCCACACACUAGACAGCUGACAACUGAGAGCUGUGAUUGGUUAGCAAGGCAAAAGUAACCCGACCAGAUUGGCUCUGGACUCCCUCAGAUUUCCCUGUCGUUACUUCAUAACAUUCUGAAGACCUGGCCACCAAUCACAGGGCUCCUUACUGGAAAAACCAGCUGCUGGGGAGUGCCAAGAGUCCCUAGCAACGCUCUGCAGCCUUUGAAAUCUGAGGGGAAAAGACUGUAGUCAGCUCUUAACUGGAGGAGAGCACCUAUGCCCCAGAAAAGGCAGGCUCCCAGGAUGGACACGCCGCGCCCUGAAGAAUCGUUAGAGAAUCAAAAUGAAAAACUGAACAACCAGGAAGAGGAGAUGGAGUUUAAGGAAAUGGACGGUCUGAGAGAAGCCUUGGCGAACCUCCGAGGACUGUCAGAGGAGGAGAGGAGCGAGAAGGCGAUGCUUCGCUCCCGCAUUCAAGAGCAGUCCCAGCUCAUCUGCAUCCUGAAGCGGAGGUCAGAUGAGGCCCUGGAGCGCUGCAAGAUCCUAGAGCUGCUCAAUGCAGAGCUGGAGCAGAAGAGGAUGCAGGAGGCUGAGAAGCUCAAGGCCCAGGGUGAGUACACUCGGAAGCUAGAGGAACGCUUUAUGACCCUAGCAGCCAACCACGAGUUGAUGAUCCGCUUCAAGGAUGAACACAAGAGUCAGAACAUCAAGCUGAGGGAGGAGAAUGAGAAGCUGAGGCUGGAGAAUAACAGUCUGUUCAGCCAGGCUCUGAAGGAUGAGGAGGCCCAAGUAUUGCAGCUCACCAUCCAGUGUGAGGCCCUCACUGGGGAGCUGAAGACGCUGAAGGAGAGGUGUGCUCAAGAUGCCUGCCAAGCACAGGCCCGCGAGAAGGAGCUGCUGGAGCUACAGAGCCAGCAGGCCUGCACCCACACCAAGGAGACAGAACAGCUGCGCAGCCAGCUGCAGAGCCUCAAGCAGCAGCACCAGCAGGCUGUGGAGCAGAUGCUGAAGGCAGAGGAGACACACAGCAGCCUGAGCCAGGAGCUGCAGGCCAGGCUGCAGACCGUCACUAGAGAGAAAGAGGAGCUGCUGCAGCUGUCCAUGGAAAGGGGUAAAGCGCUUCAGAACAAACAGGCUGAGAUCCGCGUGCUUGAGGAGAAGUUGGAGAUGGCAAAUGAGGCCAGGAGGCAAGCACUGGAGCGGUUUGAGCAAGAGGCAGUGGCCGUGGACAGCAACUUGAGAGUCAGGGAGCUUCAGCGCAAAGUAGAUGGGAUCCAGAAGGCCUAUGACGAACUCAGGCUGCAGUCUGAAGCCUUCAAAAAGCACACCCUGGAUCUUUUAAGCAAGGAGAGAGAACUCAACACCAAACUCCGCCAUCUCUUUCCAUAAUGAGUUCCUGCUUCCUCUGGCCUCCAAUUCAGAAUUCAAAUAUUUGUGUCUUAGCAUUACGGCAAGAGUAAAGUUGAUAUCCCAUUUAUUAUACUUUAAAGCACAAAAGGCAACGCAAAGAAAAGCUACUUUACUGUGAUAUUGCUGUUUUUAUUGUAAAGCUAUUAUUUUUCAGUUCUGCCACUUAGAAUACACAAGAUUUGCCAGAUUUCCUUCUGUGCCGUAGAAAUCUCCCUGAAUUUACUAGUGAUAUCUUCUCCUACCCCAUAACUUACUCAUUCUCAACCUCAGAUAUCUUCAUAUAUGUUAGGGUUUUAAAUUAGCAGCUUCUAUGAUUUAAGCCAAUCUAAAUGCAGUGAGAUGUGCCAUUGUGAAAAAUAAUUAGUACAAUUACCCAUUGUAGAUAGGCUUAUAGUCUCCCAUAGUUGAGAUUGUAAGCAAACAGGUGUCAUCAUACUAGGGUGAAUACUUUGCAGACAAAAAUGGUGUCUGACUUUAUUUUGCACUAGCUUGGAAAAUGAUUGAGAUCUUUAACAAAGUAGGUCAAUUUUAUUCUAUAUGAGCAAUAUGCUUCAAAUAAGUUACAUAAAACAAUUUUUAUUUUUUCUGCAAGCUUAGAUAAUAUUCCCUUUUUUGUUUUCUCUUUAAAAAGAGGAUUUGUAUGUACAAUAAUGCAAAUAUCAGUAGCCUAAUUUAAUAUUGCACAAUAUGCUAAUAGACAAUUAGACAAUUUGGGGUACCAAAUCAUAGCAGAUGAUAUGAUCUAUUAUAGUAACUCAGAAAUUGUUUUCUGUUUCUAUUAGCAUAUUUUUUUGUAAUUAAAUAUUUCUUUUUUAAAAAAACUAAGCUGAAUGUGUAUAUGUAUGCUUGCAGCAUUUUUGUAGUAAUACCUACAUUUUGUAAGAAUAGUUAUAAAAACAUGAUAGUUAUAUAUAUAUAUCCAUGUAAAGUUCUUAAAGAAGUUCUCAAAGGUAGUUACAUUUUAUUUCUGUAUUUAUUGAUAAACAUUAUUAUGAAUACCUCUCAAAAUAGAUUUUAUUUUUCUCACCCAUUUUGGCGAAGGCUACCAAGUUACAUAAUGAAUUUACUUAAAAAAUAUGUCUUGGUACCUUUUUAAUAAAACCAUUUCCAAGCAAG